GCCGCCCGCCGCCCGCCGGCCGACGACUCUCUCCGCGCUCUUUUUUUUUUUUUGUCUACCAAUGCAGACCGAUUUCAAUAGGAACUCUUAACAAAGUUUUAUUGGAAUAAUAGUACGGGAGGACGACACGUCGCGUUUGUUGUGAUAGGUGUACUUUCGUGUGCUUCCAUGUUUUUUUUCGCGUUGCAACUUUUGCAUCCCGAGUAGUGAAGUGAAGUGGCGGUGUGAUACAGUUCUGUGCGUGUGUUGGAUAUCGGGUCGGUGCGGACCGAGCCGCGGCCGCUCGCUCCGGACCACUGUCCAGAUUACUGUGAAAUUAUCUUCACGUAAAACACAACCGGUGUCGGGCGGCGCGUGUGUGUGCGAGCGGCGCGCGCGCAGCAUGCGCGGCGUCACGUGACCAGCAUGGCGUCCGACGCGCGCCCGCGCUCGCCACCCAGCGGCGCGCGCAGGAGACGAGACUUCAACAGGUCGCCGCUCGUGGCGCCGGGCGCGGUGCGGUGCUCGGUGCGCCGCGCGCCGCCGCCGCGCUCGUGCCCGUGCCGCUGCUGCUCCGAGGAGGCGCUGGCGGCGUGCCUCGGCCGCGCCGCGCCCGACCGCCGCACGCUGGAGCGGCUGCAGCGGCGCCUGGGCCGCGGCGCGCGCGACGAGCGGCCCUCGCGCCACCAGCGGCUGCAGGCGCUCACCGAGCGGCUGCUGCCGCGCGCGCCGGCGCCGCUCUCCGCGCCGGCGCUGCCCGCGCCGCCGCCCGUGCCGCCGCCGCGCGCGCGCCACCGCCACAGCCCCGCGCGCGGCCUCUCCGUCGACCGCUGCGACGACUUCGACGCCGACAACAUCACGCUGGUGCGCGUCGAGCCCAGGUCCAUCGUCGGCUCCUACGCCCAAAAGACUAUACCGUACCGCAGCGCCUCCUUCUCGCAGGGCGACUUCGCUCAGGACGAGUAUUAUCGCGGUGCGGCCGUUCGUCAGCGUUCCAUUUUCGACUUCGGAAGACGGCCGGCCGAAGCGGACGCCGUCGGCGCCGGGGCCGCCCCGCGCGACGACGCCGAGUCCUCGAGUAUAGCCGCCGAUGAGAACACGACCGAGGGCGGUUCGGUCGCCUCGGUCGAUUCGGCGGUCGGUUCGGACGAAGGAUUGUUGGCCCAUGCGUCUCCGGCCGCGCGAUCUCCUCCGCCGGACGCCUCGCCACAUAAGCAACUCGGUGCUCGAUCGUUGACGCAUCCUCUUCCGCGUCGUAUACCCUCCGUGAGAGAAGAGGGAUCCGCUGACGCCGGUGGUAGUUUACCCGCGCUGAUGGCGCCGCGAGUGUUGCACGAACUGCGUGAAGAAAGUGAUGGUUCGCAGGCGGAUAGUGCGCAAGCGCACAGUGAAGGAACCUCGCCGUUAGAGCCAGCCCAACCCUUCGCUUUUCCUCCGCUUCCCGCUCCUCCCCCUAACGCGUGUGCCAAUUUAGACUGUGAAUGUGCUAGCGUUCCUAAUACGUGUGACAAUACCGUGAGUGCAGUGGAAAGUUCUAUUCCUGUGCCCGUAUACGAGUGUAUAGUGAAACAGUGGUCGAAAGAGUUACCGCCGGAAGAACCACAACGUUCCGAUCAUGCAUCAGAUGGGUCUUUAGAUAGAGAUAAAGAGGAUGAAACGAUUACGAGUGAACAAGUUGCAAAUUUAUUAGCUGCUGUACAAAAUCCUUGUACUCCGGCUCCCGUCGGAGUGCGGGAGCGACGGCGACCUUUUGACAAAAUUAAAAGAAGAAAAGGCAUAUAUAUCACGACAGCUAGCGAUGACGGAGGAGAAGAGGACAAUCUGACCUCCAUAAAUGGUUGUAAGCGCGAGAAUAGUGACGCGUCUCUUCAAGAAAUGCGGCUAUCUACUGAGACUAGAAGUUCUUCAUUAUUAGGUGAUAAGUCUGAUGAUUCAUGUACAAAUGGACCUCCGAGUCCCUGUCCAUCCGACGUUCCGACUCUUAUGUGGCCCAGAUCAGAAGAGUUAAGGGCAAGAAGAGCGAGAUUCUCACAACAAAGUUCUGACGAAAGAGAGGAUGAUUCAUAUAAGACGAGACGAAAAUAUGGGGUUACAUCACGAGGAGAUUCCCCUUCUGAAGCCGAGAGCGACUCCUGUUCGCGAGACCGCACGGCGUCACCCUCUCCGUUCAGUCCCUCGGACACAUCGGAUGUAGAAGCGAAACGACAACAGUAUAUGGCAAGUCGAGGACCAUUUGGAAAGAAUUUAGAAGCACCUAGUCGCUCGAUGGAAACCAGUAGGAGAAGCUUUUCGGAUGCCACAGUUCCUAGUCGAAAAACGAGUGCUGGAGCUGCAAUCCCUGUAAACACGAGACCGCGAGGGCCAACACACGUGAGGGCGACAUCAUCUCCGUCUAAAUUGGUCGGUGUGAAGCCGGGCGCCGAUCUGCUGGCUGAACUGCUGCGUGGAAGCUCAGAAGCGCUGUCCAACUCGACGGCUUUCGACAACGUCGUCUUUACUCUGCAUCAACAUAAUGACACGAGGACCCACGUGGUGGUGGAACUGUACGAGACAGAGAAGUCGUACGUGGACGCGUUACAGAUACUAGUCAAGAAAUAUCUCCAACCACUCAAGAGUCCGGAGAACUCUGGACUCUUGGACGCUUUCCUGGUGGAUGAGAUCUUCUACCAAGUGCCGGCGAUCUUGAACGUGCACCAAGUGUUCCUGGAACAGCUGAGAUGUCGCCUCGAACAAUGGGAUCUGCAGCAGAAAGUUGGCGACGUGUUUUUAGAAGUGUUUUCCAAACCCACCGUGAUGGAGACGUACAUGUCUUUCAUUUGCAACCUGAAGAAGGCGAAAGAGACCAUCAAGUCUGCGGCGGCGUCGCGGCCGGCCUUCGCACGGUUCCUGGAGGCGAUGGCCCGCGAACACAAGGGCAAGCUCGCGCUCGACAACCUGCUCAUCAAGCCCGUGCAGAAGUUCCCUGGGUACAAGCUGCUCAUACAGCGGCUCGUCAAACACACAGAUCAAUCUCAUCCCGAUCACAAAUACCUACUGGAUGCUCAAAAGGAGAUUCUAGAGUUACUUGAGUUGAUAAAUUGCACAGAGAGGGAAAGCUUAGAACAAGAACAGCAGCAGCAGACCCUGAGGGAGCUGGAACAGGUGAUCGAGGGCCUGUCCAACCUGGCCGCCGCGGACAGGACCUUCCUGAGACACGAGCCCGUCACCAUGCCGGCCGCGCAGGGAGCAGUCAAAGACAGGGCACUGUUCCUGUUUAACGACACGUUGCUCAUAACCAGCGUCAAGCGUAGGACGGGUACCAUAAAGAAACCCAUUCCAACGUACCAAACUAACAUCGUAAGUCAAAUGGAAGGCAAUAAAUACAAGUUAUUGAUGAGGAUCUCGCUGGCCGACCUCGAAAUAGUCACAGCGAAGGAGGAGAGCGCGCGGCGCGUGGCGGCGGAGGUGGCGGCGCUGCGGGCGGACGUGGGCACGCUGGCGCGCAUGGCCGAGCUGGCGGCCGGCCUCCACGCGGCCGCCGCCCGCGCGCCGCUCGACGACCUCCUGCGGGCGCACCUCGCCGCGCUCGGCCGCCAGCUGGCCGCCCGCCACGCCGCGCACUCCGAGCUCUGCUGCCUCGAGCUCGCGCCGUACGUACCGCGCGCACCAGAAAAUUUCACUGUCAUUUUCUCAAAACCCGAAAAAAGAAGCAGCUGGGAAGAGUUAAUUAACGAAACCAAACAAAAACUAUGUGAGUACGCGGGCGCGCGGCCGGCGCCGCAGUUCCUGUCGCCGGUGCCCAUCAGGAAGACGCGCGCCGGCCUGCAGUUCACGUGCGCCGCCCCCACGCGGCCGCCGCCCGGACACCCGCCCGCCGUCUGGGUGUGCAACAGCGACGGGUACGUGGGGCAGGUGUGCGUGCUGACGCUGGGCGCGCGGCCGCAGGUGUCGUCGUGCAACGGCGUCUGCAACGCGCGCAUCCUGUGCGUGGCCUGCGUGCCCGCGCCCGCCCCCGCCCCCGCCCCCGCCGCCGCCGCCCCCGCCCCCGCCGGCCCCGCACACGACGCCGCCGCCCAUCUGCUCACGAGUACGAGCUCCUUGAACAGCAUCAGCUCGGUUAAACCCGGCAUCAGUAUAUCGGACCCCGACGACAGCUGUAAAAAUAUACGACUCGACAGUUCGUCGUCGAGCGAGGAGGAGGACGAGGGCUCGUCGACGAGCGAGACGCAGGAGGCGGAGUGUCCCGGCCCCCCCGCGGGCCCGCCCCCCCCGCGGCCGCCCCCGUCGCACGCCAAGAGCCUGAGCUCGCCGCACACGGGCCGCUCGCCCGCGCCCGCGCUGCCCGUCGUCAAGUCCAGCUCCAACCCCGCCGUCGACAAGACGCCCAUGGGGGUCGCCGCAGGUGCCAUGGGAGGUGGUGCGGGUGUCACGGGGGGUGCGGGAGGUGCGAGCGAGGACCGGUUCCAGCCGACGAUGUGGCUGGGCACGGAGGACGGCUGCGUGCACGUGUACAACUGCGGCGACAACGUGCGCCUCAAGAAGAACAAGCUCAAGCUGCACCACCCCGCCGCCGUCCACUACAUACUGUAUAUUGAAGGCAAAGUGUUCGUAGCUUUGGGAAACGGAGAACUUGUAGUGUAUUGCAGAGAUAUAGACGGUGCGUGGGCGGAGCGCGCGCGGGUGUCCCUGGUCGCGGGUAACACGGGGAGUGCAGGGGGCGGCGCGGGGGGCGCGGGCGGCGCGGGGGGCUCGGGGGCCAUCGCCGGCAUGCUGGUGUGGGGCGGCCGGCUGUGGUGCGCCACCAACUCCUGCAUCAAGAUCGUCGACCCGCACACGCUGCAGGUGGAGGAGACAUUCCAAAUAAGUAGCGAGUCGAAGCCGAUCAGCCACAUGGCGGCGUGGGGCGGCGCGGUGUGGCUGGCGCUGCACAACGCGGCCGUGCUGCGCUGCUACCGCGCCGCCAGCCGGGAGAUGCUGGCCGAGAUCAACAUCACACCGCACGUCACCAAGAUGCUGCACGGCUGCGACGACAUCAUCCGGCAACACAAGGCGGCGUGUCUGAGAGUGACGGCGCUGCUGGCGCACGGCGGCUCGCUGUGGGUCGGGACCAGCGCCGGCGUGCUGCUGACGGCGCCGCUGGCCCGGGACGCCGCGCCCCCCGCGCUCGCAGGUACAUUCACAAUUCCAGGAGUCCCCUACGGGCACACGGGACACGUCAGAUUCCUGACCGUUGUCGAGAACCCUGUACCACCGAAGCAAUCCACGCAGAAGUCGACGCAACCCUCGCUCAAGACGAAGGCGCUGAGUCGCCGCUCCGCCAACGCAGACAAGCUGCAGAAGCAAGCGGAAACUAGCCAGGUCAACCAGGAGACGCUCGUCAUCUCGGGCGGGGACGGCUACGAGGACUUCAGAAGUUCCUCGAACACGGAGGACGCGGGCCGCGAGGAUUCCACGAAUCACUUGCUUCUGUGGAGAGUGUGAAGCGAAUUGAAGCCUAUUCCUUGGGUUCUAACUUUAGACGCUUCCGCAGAGAGGCCCGGCUGGAUUUACUUUGGGAUUGACGUAGGACGAGAGGCAGCGCGA